AUCAGUGCCGCACCGUUCGUCCUGCCGAGCGCAAGCGCCGUUCCACAAGGUGUAUUCUGUGCGCACGUGCGUGUGUGUGUGUGUGUGUCCAGAUUUCUUCAGGCCCCGAAUCUGACACCCGUCAAACGAGCCGGGGCCCUUUCGGGAAAGUGCCAGGUCCAAAAAGUGUCGCUCAGUAAAAGUUUCUUCCCAUUUUUUUGUUUGGUUGUUGAUCAAAUUAUUAUUGGUGGCCUCUUUAGGACGCCAGAUAAUCGCUUAUCAGGCGUGUUUCGUGCGGCCGUAAGCAGGAGUGGAUCGAUCGAAACUAGCAAUCAAACAAACCGAAGAACAACCAGCUCAUACCACAAAAUAAGACGGCACGGGGCACCGACAACGGACGGGGGCACCGGUACGGACGGCUGGUUGGUUGGUUGGUUGGUUCUGCUCUAGUACAGCUACGGUCCACACGUCGCGUACCGCGAUCAGUCGAUUCGGCGCAAUGGAGAAGCUCGGUUCGAUGAUGGAGUACCGGUUGAAGACGCUGACAAGUUGGAUGGUGCGCACCAGCAACGGCACGCUCGAGGAGCUGCUGAACGACGCCUGCGACACGCUCGUCCUCUGGCCGUGGACGACCGGCCUCUGGUACGGGACGCUCGGUGUCGUCCUCACGUACGGGUUCUACCUGUUCUACUAUCAAGCGAUGGUGUGGAAGCGGGAUCUCACCGAUAUCGGCUACAAUCACAUCCUGGAUGCGGCGCGCAUCGGCAAGAGCGAUCGCAAGCGAGUCGACACGGUCAACCGGGCUCGGAGGCUGCGCAAGAUCGGCGAUCGGCUACCACCUCCAUAUCCGAACGGUUGGUUCUCCGUCCUGGAGUCGGAAGAUCUUGCCCGUGGACAGGCGAAAGCCGUCGACUGUCUCGGUCAGAAUUUGGUCGUCUUUCGGACGGAUGAAGGUGAGGUGAACGUGCUCGAUGCGUACUGUCCACAUCUGGGUGCCAAUCUCGGUGUUGGUGGGAUCGUGCGAGGAGACUGCAUCGAGUGUCCGUUCCAUCACUGGUCGUUCAGUGGACGGGAUGGCCAAUGUACCAACAUCCCGUACAGCAAGUCUGGCACGGUACCGAAAGUGGCCCGGCUGCGCAAAUGGCGAUCGCUUGAGGUGAAUGGGUUCAUCUUCGUGUGGCACCACGUCGACCCGGAAGCCGUACCGUGGGAGUUCAACGUGGUGCAGGAGAUUGAGGAUGGACGCUGGGUGUACUACGGUAAGAACGAGUUUCUGGUCAACUGUCACAUCCAGGACGUGCCGGAGAAUGGGGCGGACGUUGCACAUCUCGCUGCCGUUCACGGACCCAACAUGAUGUCCGGUAGUGACAUCCGAUACUCACGUCCUGCCUGGGCUGACUUCGGGAUGCACUCGUGGCUGGCAAGCUGGCAAGCACCGGAAGAGGGCGAUCCAACACACGUUGCCAAGAUGGACCUGGUACACUCGUUCCGGAUCUUCAACAAGUUUGAGGUGGGUAAAAUCGAUGUCCGUGCGUAUCAGAUCGGCCCCGGAUACGUGCAGCUGAUGAUGAUGACCGGCAUGGGACCGUUUGUCGUGCUGCAGACCGUUACACCGAUAGAACCGCUCGUCCAGAAAGUUAUCCAUCGUUUCUAUGCUCCACGUACCGUGUGGAACGCCAUCUUCCAGAAGUUUGCCAUCCUGGCGGAGAGCAUUAUGUUCGAACGCGACAUGAUGGUCUGGAACCACAAGCAGUUCAUCGACAAUCCGCUACUGAUCAAGGAGGAUCGUCUGAUCAAGGCCUACCGGAAGUGGUACAGCCAGUUUUACUCCGAAAACAGUGUCAGCUUCACGAUGGCCAAGGAAAAGCUGGACUGGUGAACUGCAAGUCAGCCACUGCCUCAAACACCCAAAUAUAUAUGUAAAUGAGUACGCGUCGCUCGGGACAGCAGUAGGACGUCCCAGAACUAGCACCAAGGAUGGCGGCCUAACAGCACCGUGCAAAGCGGUGCAGUGAUCUUCUUGUACUUCUAGUGCGUUCCCAAUCGACAUUAGGUUGAAUCUGCAAAUGCUAUAGCUUAUAAACAGAGGAGAGAAAACAGAAACGAAAAUCUCCCACAAACUUCGGCAACGAAGCCCAGCCCCGGGUGAAGUGCUUGCCGAGGGAGGGGAAAACCUUCUAGAUGACAAGUUAGCAUGCUAUUAGAGAUAGGACUAUGAACAUAAUAAAGAUAAUCAGUUUUGUAUUUUAACGUAA